AUGGCCAAACUAGAGAUCAUAAAACCAAGUGAACUGUAUAACAUUUUGAAUCAGAAAUUUACUCACGCUUUCAUAAGUGAUCCAUGUUAUUGUGCCCUGUUUGACUCGCGAACUGCUGACGACUAUAAUAAGUCACAUAUUAUAACAGCUAAGAAUUUGAAAAGAUUGAAUGCUUGUUCUUUCAGAAUACCUUAUGAGGCAGAACUUGACUGCAGGUGGAAUGUCAUUGUUUAUGAUGGGAAUACAUCAUCAUUGGACUCUGAAGGGGAUGCAGUGAGAGCUGCAAAGCUUUUGUAUGAUAACGGGAGCCGUCACUUAGUUAAAAUACUGGAAGGAGGAUUUGAGACAUUUACUCGUUUAUAUCCAUACAUGAGAAGUGAUAAAAUAAUGUACUUACCACGAGAGCUUGAAUCGUUUUCUACUUACCCUUUGGAAGUUUUACCGAAUGUUUUAUAUAUUGGUACAGUUCAACAUGCUGGUGAUCGUAAACUUCAUAGACAAAUGAAUAUUGUAGCACAUAUAAAUUGUGCAUUAGAUAAUGACGAUCCUAUAUACCAGAAUUGUAAAGACUCUAUGUUGAAUAUUCAACCAACUGAAAAUUGUGAACUGUUAUCAUUUUUGGACAACGCUUGUGAUUUUAUUCAAGAAAAACGAUUAAGAGGACAACGUGUUUUAAUUAUUUCAAAAUGGAUGUUUAAUCAGUCUGUAGUGAUUGCAAUUGCUUAUCUUAUUAAAUAUGAAUUAAUGAGUUUAAAAGAUGCAUGGAUGUAUUUACGAAAGAUCUGUAUACCAAUGCAACCAAGUUGGAAUUUUAUGAUACAAUUAGCUGAAUUUGAAUAUAACUUACAGCGUACUGAUAAAUUGAUUCCAUUAACAGAAGAUGAUUACUAUGAAAGAUGA